UGGAAUUUGCCCACCCCUGAUGUAGUUUAUGGCAGGGUUUUCGGAGACCUGGAGGAAGUAGCAGCCUGGGCACGUAGGUGACGGACCGCGGGGACCAUAGCUCCGUGCAGGGCCCAGGCUGGAGGUCUUGGAAGGUUCCCUGGAGUGUCCCAUGUUCCCGAGUUGGCGAUUUCCUGGGGGCCUGGCUUUGGCAGGACUGGCUCCAAGGGGGUCCUGCCUUUGCUCCGGAAGUCCAUGCUAAUGCUCCCCUUUGUGGGGGCGGGGGCCUUUGAAGAAUCUUUGGUGGGGGAGGCGGCUUUGCAGUAAAGCAUGAUGAGUUAUGUGCACCCUUUAGCUCCAUCGUCCUUGUCACAGAAGGCACAGCGUGGCCUUCAAGAUGGAUGGCCACGGGUGAAUGAUGUGUGCCAUUUGAGAUGGUGAAAAAAACAAACCACAUUCAAGUGCUCAAUGUCCUAAGCAUCUGUGGUCCAGCAGAGUGAGCGGACUUGGCCUGUCAUCCUUGGCAGUUUGGUUCCAGGGAGCUCUCUGGCUUGGGGGAAGCGCCCUGCCUUCUGAUGCAGUGGUUCUCCUGGACUAACUACCUCAGAACCUGCAGCAUCUGGGAUGAGAUCACAAUGUGGAGCCAAAGCUGAGGACUGUUGUUCUAAUGGAAACCGUGGUUUAGUGAAGGAUGAGCUGGUGGUUGGAAAAAGCAGACUCCCUUUGGAGGCUCCAUGCAGCUAUGGGGCCAAGAAUCCAGCUGAGCCAACACGUAGGGUUGGGGUCAUGGCUAGAGGAGCACUAAACCUGGAGGGUGGGGCGCUGGAACUUGGAUGGGGAGCCCGGGAGGAGGCUGCUGCCUCUGGUCUCGAUGGAGGAUGCCAGGAUGGAGUCCGCCAUGCCUUUGGCAGUUGGCUCCCCAGGCUGAUUGGUUUCGAUACCAGCCCUGGGUGGGGGAGCAUUGUUGUACGAGAGAGGUAUAUUUUCCCGCUGGUCAGGUGGUGGUGGACAUCCAGCAUCCAGGAACUGAGGCUCUUCCUUGGCUCCUUGGCACUUGCACAAGAAAGGUGGAAGGCGGGAUCUUUACUACUCGGAGACCUUGAGCCUGAGUUUAAAUUCUCCCUUGACCUUGAGGCAUUGUCCUCCUUGAAUCAUAUGCUGUGUCUGGAAAAAACAUCUCAGGGCUGGUGGGGCCUCCUGGGAGUCAUCUCAGGUACCUUCUGCCGGUAGACAGGGAGACGGUUCACCCAGUCCACACAGAUGGGGGGAGCACAGCUUAUUUCCAAAGACUUUUGCAGAGAAGGACUUUGUACCCUUUUAUGGGGGAGGGUGACCUAAUGAGUGUUUGGCUAGCUUAUUAGACGUUUAUCUAAUCUAAAUGUCUACUGCUGCAAUGUCAGUAAUGGGGGGGAGCUGACAUCAUUUUUCAUAGGCAUCUUAGUACAAAUCACAUUAAAAAGCAUUUACUGAGUGUCAGCUCUUGUGCAAGACACUCAGUGCAAGGGAUCAAAGUUAAUAUUGGUUAAUAUUGGUUAAGCUUUGUCCUUUAGACUUAUGUGCCAGGACCAGAUCAGUGCUUUGUGCCAAGGCUGCCUUUGGAUGGCAUGUUACUGCUUUCCCGCAGUGGCUUGUUCACAGAGGGGAGAAGAGUGAGUGAUCAAAGCCUGGGCGAUUUUAUUAAAAAGUUGUAUUUCUUUGGCCAUGCCCAGGACAUGUGGAAGUUCCAGAGCCAGGAGUCAAACUUGUACCACAGCUGUAACCAGAACCAUAGCAGUGAUAAUGCCGGAUCCUUAACCCGCUGAGCCACCAGGGAACUCUGAAAGCCCUCGGUUUGGGACCAGAAGGUGGGAGCAGGGAGAGAACUGUCUUCGGGCCAACCCACCCACCUUUUCUUGAGCACCUACUGUGUACUUGUGGGGAGCAGGCCAAGAAGUAGGAUAUAAUCCCUCCCUGCAGGAGCUAAAGGGAAGAGAAGUCCCAUUUGCCUGUAAUCAAGAGGCAGGUCAUGUUGGCGGCUUCCUACUGGUCCCUCCUGGCGCCAGCGGUGGAGAUGGCCACAUCCUCUGGCGGCUUUGGGGCCUUGGCCUUUUUCCCCGUGGCUGUCGGCUUCACCCUCGGAGCUGCUUUCGUCUACGUGGCGGACCUCCUGAUGCCUCACCUGGGUGCAGCAGAAGACCCCCAGACGGCCCUGGCCCUGAACUUGGAGCCUGCGUUGUUGAAGAAGGCUGAUCCUGAGCGUCCUGGCCUGCUCUUCCCGGAGAGUGAGCUUUCCAUCCGGAUAGGUAGAGCUGGGCUUCUUUCAGACAAGAGUGAGAACGGUGAGGCAUAUCAGAGGAAGAAGGCGGUAGCCGCUGACCUUCCUGAGAGCCCUGCUGCCCCUGUGCCAUCUCAGGGGAACCUGGUGCAGCCCGGCGGCAGCAGCUGGAGGAGGAUUGCACUUCUCAUCUUGGCCAUCACCAUACACAACAUCCCAGAGGGUCUUGCUGUUGGAGUUGGAUUUGGGGCUGUAGAAAAGACAGCAUCUGCCACCUUUGAGAGCGCCAGGAAUUUGGCCAUUGGAAUCGGGAUCCAGAAUUUCCCGGAGGGCCUCGCUGUCAGCCUUCCCCUGCGAGGGGCUGGCUUCUCCACCUGGAGAGCCUUCUGGUACGGGCAGCUGAGCGGCAUGGUGGAGCCUCUGGCCGGGGUCUUCGGUGCCUUCGCGGUGGUGCUGGCUGAGCCCAUCCUGCCCUACGCUCUGGCCUUUGCCGCUGGCGCCAUGGUCUAUGUGGUCAUGGAUGACAUCAUCCCCGAAGCUCAGAUCAGUGGUAACGGCAAGCUGGCGUCCUGGGCCUCCAUCCUGGGUUUCGUGGUGAUGAUGUCGCUGGACGUUGGUCUGGGCUAGGGCUGAAAGGCUUCCGGACCCCAGGGAAGGCAGCACAGGCAAACCGCCAUGGUUGGCUUCUGCAGGACCGCAAGCCUCUUUCUUCACAUGAAAACAUGCUUCCCUUCCCCCUUUCAUCUCAUGACCUUGAUUGACUGUGAUUAUAAGAAGACAGUCUUUUUAGUUUUCUUUUGUGGGAGAUAGUGGUUUUAUUUGGAAUUUCAAGUUGCCCCAGAACUAUAGAUUUUUGCUUGGCCGCUAAAUGGAAUCGCUCUUCGGUGGGGUUACCCAGGACCUACAGAUCAGGGAAAUCUUUGCCUUUGUAACCUUCAGUCUCCCUCGCUAGACGCAAUGCUGACUCCUCAAGGUCACUGACAGAAGCAAGCUACCAAGAGAGGCGUCUCCUAAGCAUCCUUGCCUAGUGACUGGGCGCAGAAUGGCUAGGACAGCGCUCCUCCGUCCCUCCUGAUCUUUCACUGCUGAUCCCCCCAUCCAGACUGGAGCUGGAGCAUCCUGGACAAAGCACCCUGCUUGCCAAGGUCUAAGGAGGAACAUACCUUCCUCUGCCUCCCCGCAGGGAGAUGUGAUGUGGGACGAGGCUCAGACAAAGGGAAGCAAAUCGGCUAGUCUCUCUCUCUCUCUUUUUUUAAGGCAAAGAUUGACUCAUGGAUGUGAAGGGAAUUAAAACCACUGUGAACGCACAGUGGGCCCUGUGAAAAGAGGGCAGAGCGAAGCUUUGAUCAGAGACCUCUGCUCUCUCUGAAUUCCCAGAGCAACCUGGUUUGCCAUGGUUUUCAAAUCCCCAGGUGUGUACUUUGAUGAGUCCUUCAUUUCUCUAAGACACUCGGGGACACCAGCAAACGGCUAGAACGCAAACCUUUCAGUUACUUGUGGCAGGAACCAUGUAAGCUAAUUUAUGUGGGUGAAAGAUAUUUGGAAUCUGCACUGGAUCCUUCUCCGUUGACCAUUUGGUACCUGUAUCCUGACCCAGACCUCUUAAGCUACAGCAGGCAUUGCUGGAUUUUGGCCAGAGAGCUCAGAAUGAGAAAGGAAGGGGAGUAGGAAAAGAAGAGUUCGUUUUUUAGAAAAUUUCCUCUUUUAAGGUAAAUUUGAGCCAAGUGAGCAUUCUAAAGUUACCCUGAAGAAUGACAUGAGUGAGACUUAGAAGCCAACUGCUCCUUCCUGCGCACAGCUUCUCCAGCAGGGGUGACAUGACUUGUCUGCUUCAGAUAUAGCAAAGGCCUGCCUUCCCCUCUGGUCAAAAGAGCAUAUGGGACCUUGAGCGGGCUCCGCUCAAUAGCCAGGUAUUCUGGCAUUGGGUGAGCAAUGCCUGCCUUGCGUUGACGUGUCGCAUUGCUUCCAAGGGUGAAUACACUGUCCUGUGAAUGCCCUAAGACCCUACGCUGCAUCUAUGUAUGUUCUUUCAGAGCACUGAUGAUCAAAACGGAAGACACACUCAAAGGUUUGACUGGUUGAGGUUCAUUGGCUCAGUGGUGGGCACAUGUGUAUUUUUAUGUCUUUGUAUGUAGUUCUACAAAAUGCAGACUUCUUUCUGAUGGAUAAGACCUCACAACUGUGAUGAAUAUCAAUAAAGGGGGUACUGUUGGGGACGACCUGCGCCAUGCCCAAGUCCUUCUCAAAACUGCUUCUUUCCAGGGUUGUUAAUAUCAGAGCUGACUAAUGUUAGUCCUAACAUCUUCCCUGCCCAACACCAGGAGAGGCAAAGGAAGGAGCCCAGAUGAGAAGGGCUCGCUAGAUGCAUGGUCGCAAGCAAGAGCAUCCGACUCCCUAGACACAGUAAGAGGGGGCUCCUGGGAUCUAUAGAGUCAGGCUUGAAAAUGGGUUGGACCCAAGAAAAGAUCAGAGACUAUGGCCCCAUCGCAUCUCAAAAACAGCUUAAUUUGGAUGACACAGUCCUUCGAUAUUGGACCUUUAUUGCCACCCCUUGAUGCUACCACCACCCCCACGGGAAGGAUUCUAAACCCACCCUGAGUCUUUGAGUCCUGGCUUCACAUUCAAAAGUCUGGCAGGAACAUCUAGCUGGCUGAGCUUAGAUUCUGUGCCCAUGAACUAGCUGGUUUGCCCUCUUAUCAAGACUAACACAAUAAUGGAUUGUCCAGUUUUUGGAAUGAAUUCAGAUGGUGGAGAACCAAAAGAAAGAAAAACUGAAGUUUAUCACAGCCUCACUCUUUUGCUGCUUAACAUCUGCAUGCAUGCUGAUUCCUUUAUCUUUUAAAAAAAUCUUUCUGCUUAGAAAAUGGAGCUAUCCUCCAUGCAGUCGAAACUUUAUACUCCCUAAUUCCCUUUUCCCUAGUGACUGGCUGCCCUGGGGGUGGACCACUCCUUUCUUGGAUUCAAAACCUCUAGCAGGUGGAGUCCAAUGUUGAAGAGAGUGAGAGUCAGUCCCUAAAUUGGAGGGGCACGAUCCCCAUUCUUCUUCCAGAUGCGCUUAGACUGGUGAUGGAAGAGAUAAAACCACGUGUUAAUCAUUCACACACAUUCUGAAGAAACACCCAUCUUAAAGCACAGUAUCUCCAACCUCCUUAGAUGUUCACUCAGAGCUAGUCGUGAAACCAAACUUUUGGUAAUUCAUGUCCCAGUGCAGAACAGAUGGCUGAUCCUGGUUGAUGGGCUCCGAUUGUAAGGACAGCUGCCCCUGGCCUUUCCUCUUGGACGGUCAAGUGGCUUCCUCGGUCAGAAGCGAUGUUAUACGGGCAGUCAUGACGACAGGAACAGACACAAGGGUGAUUCCAAGUCACCCUUGUGACAUAUGAAUCUGCCUCUGGGAGGAGAAAUCUCUGCCUUUUUAUAGAGUUAGAAGUCCCCGGGGAGCAGUCUGCCAGCAAGCAGUAUGCGGGACUAUUAGAAUAUCAUUAGAAUCCGGGGCCAGGGGCCAUCGCGGAUCCGAUGCGCGCUCAGUGGCAAAAUCUGAAGGGGAAGGAUGGCUAGGUGGUCACAUCCACGCGUUGGUCUGUCUUCAGCACCUUGGCCACUUUUAUUCUUGAAUCAGUUGAGAAAGCAACGAUGUCCCUGGGGAAAGAAGCUGGCAUCUUAUAGCGUCUUGGCCACUUUAAGUCUUCACAGAGGGGACUUUGGAUGAUCUUUCACUCUCCCCGAGGGACAGUUAUUUUCACAUCUGUCCUAUUCUGAGAGGCGCAGCCAUCUUUGUCUUCCCAAAUGUCUCUGUCACCAAACCUCUCAUCUUGCUUCGUUCGAGGGCUCGACCAUUCAUUCAGCCAGACCAUUUGUCACUGCUCAUAAACUGGUAUAGCUUCUUGCAUCAACCCAUCUUUUCUUCCAAGCAGCGUGGUCAGAGAAAUGUGUGCUUAGAAGUCUCCCCACCGGGAGGUUUUCUCUUCAGCACUGUCCUCAAUGGGACGAAAGCAUCAGGUCCCUUUCUAGACGGAGCCAGCAUAGCACACAGAGCCACCUGUCCACUAGGCUCAGCCGCUGUUCCCCUUAGUCACUGGGACACUGCCAUUGAAGCCACUGUUGAGGUGGUGAAGGGUCAGGAAUAGGAACAGACACAUGAAGAAAUGUGGCCCAGCUAAGCCAUUUCCACCUGGUAAUUGGAUUUUGUAAGGCUGUUAGGUGAUCUAGGACCUGACGGACAUCUUGGGUCACGGAUGACAAUUGAUGCUUCACAAAGAACCCCCUGGUGUCCAACCGUCAGUCUACUGAGGCCCAGAAUGUACUCUCAGAUUUUUUUUUAAAUUUUUUAUGACCUUGUCCCCACAGGUCUAGGGAAAGAUCAUGGUUUUUGUUUGUUUUGUUUUUGUUUGUGUUGAUUUGUUUUGUUCUUUGCCAUACUGGCAGCCUGUGGAAGCUCCUGGGCCAGGGAUCGAGCCCAAGCCACAGCAGCAAACCGAGCAGUGACUAGGCCAGAGGCUUAACCUGCUGCUCCACAAGAGAACUCCACUCCUACCUACCUUCUUAAGCUAGCACAGUGAACACUGAAUCUCUGUAACGAUUACAUAUCAAUAAAUUGAGACUACCUUA